GUGUGAGAGUCUUUCAUUUCUUUAGAGUCUACUCGUUUUCUUAUCUAUCGCACAACUCUCGCUUCUGCUUCUUCCUCCUCCCGUCGUCACCAUUCGAUUGCGAUGCGAACGGAAAAGAAAACAACAAUCCGACGCCGACGCUUUGGGGACCCACUGCACUAAUCAAUAAUCGUGUCCCGCUCACUUUAAUCCAAAUCUCAUCUCCUGUCUAGGCACUUCACUCUACUUCCGGUGCUCCCCACAACUUACAUCCUCCGCCAUGUUUCUCGAUUUCCACCACGUGUCUAUUGCACUACGUGUCGUAAUCGUAUCUCAUCUCACUCUCAAUCAUCGAAGACUCUCCCACAGUAGAUCACAGUAAACACAACGAUUAAAAAUCAAUCAAUCAUCAAACUCGCUUUUUGGGUUUCUCUCUCUGUCUCGCUCUCUCUCACCGGUUUAACAGCUACAGAACAGAGAAAGUCCACAGGCAACGCUCUAGAGAGAGAGAGAGAGAGAAAAUCGUUAUAACAGUUCCGAAGAAGAUGGCCGGAGGAUACGGCGGCGCAACGGGAAAAGUGGAUUACGUGUUCAAGGUUGUCCUGAUCGGCGAUUCAGCUGUUGGAAAGUCACAGCUACUUGCUCGAUUCGCUAGAGACGAAUUCAGCAUGGACUCAAAAGCAACCAUCGGUGUCGAGUUUCAGACUCGUACGCUCGUCAUUGAAGAAAAAAGCGUCAAAGCUCAGAUCUGGGAUACCGCCGGCCAAGAAAGAUACAGAGCGGUUACGAGCGCAUACUACAGAGGAGCAGUUGGUGCGAUGCUUGUUUAUGACAUAACUAAACGUGAAACCUUUGACCAUAUCCCUCGUUGGCUUGAAGAACUGAGAGCACAUGCUGAUAAGAACAUUGUCAUCAUCCUGAUUGGGAACAAGUCUGAUCUUGAAGAUCAAAGAGCGAUUCCUACUGAAGACGCCAAAGAGUUUGCGGAGAAGGAAGGACUUUUUUUCUUGGAGACGUCAGCUCUAAACGCAACCAAUGUUGAAAACUCCUUCAACACUCUCAUGACAGAGAUCUUCAAUACUGUGAACAAGAAGAAUCUAUCAUCUGUCGAGAGUCAAGGCCAGUCAAAUAACCCUGGUUCGUUGGCUGGUAAGAAGAUUCUCAUCCCAGGUCCCGGACAAGAGAUUCCCGCUAAGGCCAGCACCUGUUGUAGUUCUUCUUGAUCUGUGUCGUUACAAAGUAAAAUUCAUCUUAUUUUUUUUUCCCACUGAAUUCUUAUGCGUACAUUGUAUAUUCUUUUGGAAUCUGGCUUGUGUUGCUUGGUUCAUUGAACAAUGGUGCAAUUGGACACCGAUAGAAAGAGUAUUGGAACUAAUAGCUUUUGAUAUAAAUGUGAAA